CGGGAACCUGUUCAGUUAGCUAAUGUUGACUGAAAAUAGGACGUUCUCCACCAUGAGCGCCAAACGGAAGCGCUUAGAAGAUACUGCGGAGAACUCUCCUCCGGAAGGCACACCCACUCCAAAGCGUAGGAAAGGAAGAAUAUCGGCCAAAGAACGUGAACGAAUACAGCAAGAAAAUCGUAAAGCGCAAGGAGUUUUUGAUGUGCUUAGACAACACACUGACAGUGAAAAUCGCCAACCAUCUGAAAAAUUCAUACGGACGCCAUCCAGAAGAACGGAGCCCGACUAUUAUAAACAAGUGAAAUCUCCGAUUGAUCUGACGAGAAUCCAGCAAAAAGUCAAGACUGAGGAGUAUCGCUCAUUUGAGGAAUUCUGUGGAGAUGUGGAGCUGUUGAUAGAAAACACGCGGACAUAUUAUAAGGAAGAAACUGAGGAACACAAGGCUGCCACAGAACUCUUUGAGCUCUACAAAGUAGUCAAGGAUAAGGUUGUCAAAGGUGAACCAAUUGAAGAUCCCAAGACCGACGAUCAUCCCUCAAGCUCUGGGAGUCCUACACCUUCAACUUCGAUAAGAUCAAUCUCACCAGCUCCCUCUCGGACCUCAUCAAAUGGUGUCGGGGACGAAGUAGAUUCUGAUAUGGUCGAAGACAUUCUUUGCGGCCUGCUCGAGCUGACUGACCCUACUGGACGCCUUAUCUGUCCACCGUUUAGGGUGCUGCAGAGCAAAGAGGAAUUUCCUGUCUAUUAUGAAAAGAUUCGUCAUCCGAUGGAUCUAAAAACGAUCGCUGAGAAAGCGAGAAGUGGGGCAUAUAAACGAAUGUCUCAAGUGGAGGCCGACGUUCGGUUGUUGUGUCGGAAUGCUCAGCAGUUCAGUGGGAAAGGCAGUGAGAUUUACAAGGAUGCCGUGGCUUUGAUGAAUUACUUCAAAGAAAAAAAGGAGCAAGUGCUUGAGAAGGGCGUGCAUCCUAAACGCCGGGACAAGAUACAUCGCGCUGUCGACCAACUUCUCCAGCAGGUCGCCCUUCCGACAAACGCUGAGCUUUCUGAAGAUUCUGAAGAGGAUGAGGAUACGGAAGAAAGUGAUGAUCCUCUUUGGAAGCUUUAUUGGACGAUUCGUAAUGCUCCAAAUGAGAAAGAUCGUGAAACAAAUCUUUCCGAUCCAUUCCUUGAACUGCCCAGUCGGAGCUACUAUCCCGACUAUUAUGAUGAGAUCUCCCGUCCCAUGUCUUUGUUUAUGAUCAACAGAAAGUUAAAAAGAAAUGGGUAUCAUACCUUUGAAGAGCUCUUCAAGGAUUUCAUGCAAGUGUUUGAUAAUGCAUGCGAAUACAACAUGGAGUCCUCAGAUAUAUUCAUAGCUGCUCAAAAAUUGCAAAAUUUGACGAUUCGAAGAGCGCGGGAACUCCAACCUAGUCUUGAUUUAUCGUUGUAUGACAAGAAGUUCAAGCCUCACCAGCCUCACCCUACACCGCCCCCUCCGCAAAUAAGAAUGCCAAAAACACCAAGAACUCCAAAAGUAGAUCCUGAGACCGACUCUGAUGAUAAAGAGACCCCUCCUCCGUCUGAGAAGAAAAAAAUUCGAUCGCAAAAGAGAAUGCGGCCGAUAUCAACAGGAAUGACCGCCGAACAUGUCGCUUCACCAGGACGACCGGGGCGUAAAAGCAUGGACGAGCUAAUGUUGCGAUAUCGGCUAAAGCUCGUGUAUUUCUGGGAUCUCAUUUACAAUUACAAGGAUGGAAUGUACUGGCCUGCUGGUGCCUUUAUGGAGCUGCCAUCAGCUCGAGAAUACCCUGACUAUUAUGAAGUGAUCAAAAAUCCGAUUGACUUAAAGACGAUCAGGGAGAAAAUCGAGAACAAUAAAUAUGAUUCCUCAGUGGAGCUGAUGCAGGAGUUAACCAUACUUUUCAAUAACGCUCGGCAAUAUAAUGAGGCAAAGUCGCAGAUUGCGCGAGAUGCUGCCAUGUUACUUGACAUGGUGAGCAAAGCCCACACGCAUGACAAGGAUGCUCCUUAUGAGAGCCCUCUUCAACAAAAGCAGAAAUUUGGAAACUCUGUGCCAACUCCACCUCAUCCUCCGAAAAGCAGGGCGCCCAAAGUGGAUAGAAAACUUGAGGACAUGAUUGCGAGGCUUCCUGCGCAUGAACAGCAAAUGUGGAGAUUAUACACCUUGGUCCGUGAUGCAACGGAUUCGGAUGGAAGAAAGCUUGCGAGUGCUUUCGUGAGACUGCCAACCAAAGAGGAGUACCCUGAUUACUAUGAAGUGAUCAAGAAGCCGAUGGAUUUGCAACGAAUCCAACAACGGCUGCAGUCUCGUGGUUAUGCGAGAUGGGUGGACAUCAUUGCAGAUAUGUCUCUCAUGCUGGAAAAUGCUUGCAAAUACAACGAACCUGAGAGCGAUAUUUACAAGGAUGCUGUUGCCCUGCAGCGGUUGGUACUAGAAAAGAAACGUGAACUAGGCGCUGCUGAGGAUUGUAUACCAAGGGUACAAAUGGAGAUUCGAAGCAUGUUCACGAACAUCUUUGUUUCUGUAUUCACAAAGAAGGACUCCGAUGGACGUUGUCGAUGUGACUCGUUUGCAGAGCUUCCAGAACUACUCAAAGCUCGUGGUCUACCUCGCGAUGAAUGGCCAUUCUCCUUGGAUCAGAUCAAACGAAACAUCGACAAGGGACGCUAUCGGCGCUUAGAUCGUUUUCAAAAAGAUUUCUUUGACCUUUUCGAUCGUGCACGUGAACUUAGCAGGAGUGAUUCAAAGCUAUUCGAAGAUGCCACUGAGCUACAGCUGGCUUUCAUCAAAGAAAGGGAUGCUCAAUGUAAAGGAGUUCUUGUUUCAACAGCAUUCACUGCCAUAGAGAAUGAUGUUCUGGAGGCCGUAGAAAAGCUGCGGAAAUCUAAGAUGCAUCAAGAGGCGGAGAUUCAGCGUCGGGAAAGCAACGAUCAAGAGAUAGAAAAACAGGAAGGAGAGGUUGAUUUGGACUCACUGAAUUUUGAUGGCGUUGAGUAUACUAUACCAUCGUACGCCUACAUAUCUCGAACGGAUGACAAUCAUCGCGCACCUCCCCAUAUUAUUCGAGUGGAGCGGAUUUUCAAAACUGACACCGGAGAAAUGAUGGUGAGAGGAAAAUGGGUUUAUAGACCACACGAAACUCUGCACCUGGCCAAUCGGAAGUUCAUUGAGAAUGAGGUUUUCAUCACUCCAUUCAUCGAUACCGUACUUGCCGAACGACUCAGCGGCCUUUGUAUGGUUGUGUCUGUGAAGACCUCAUUACAUAAUAUAGUUGAAGGAGUAAAACCAAGUGAUCUCUACGUUUGUGAGUGCCGAUACUUAGGAAAACCCCGCUAUUUUGCCAAAAUAAAGACAUGGCCUUUCCCCGAAGAAGAAGAGAAGCUCAAACUUACUCCCAGAUCUCGCCCAAUCUCUCCUGUACGUGUAACGAGUGAUUUUGUGAAUGCGGAUGGUGUCGCGAAACGAGAAGACGAUGAGAAAUCUCAAACCCACUCGUCUUCAAGUUCGGAAGAAGAUGAUCGUCUUCGAGACUCGGUGGUAUUGGAUAUCGAACGACCUGAACUUCCUGCUCGAUCAGAAGCUGAUGCGGAUGGACGCACUUACCUUUAUGCGAUGCGCACUCAAAGCGGCAAAUACCAUGGUGUUGGCCAGUUUGUUCUUGUAUUCAAUCCCCAGAGGCCGACGUGCGAUGUCAUGCGGAUAGAUAAGCUUUGGAGAGAGAAGGAUGGAAGCGAAUGGUUCAGCGGAGGUUAUUUAGCAAGACCAGCCGACAUACAGCAUGAUGCUGGAAGGAUGUUUUAUAUACGAGAGGUAUUCGCUGUCGACCAACCUGACCAAACUAGACGAAUUGAGGACAUUCAAAGUCAUUGUGCAGUGCUAACACCGAAGGAAUUUGUGAAAGAACGUCCGACGGAGAUUCCUGAAUGUGACGUUUUUGUGUGCGAUUCUCGCAUACCGGGCCAUUCUUUUGCGAAAGGCGAACCGUCGUCGCUCUUUAUUAAGCCAGUGGAAAAAACCGCUGCCGAUGACGAAAACUAUGAUCCUCUAAAUGGCGGCUUACCAAUGCAUAUUGACUCUGCAAAACCACUGCGGAAGUUCAAGCAAUACAAGGGCGCACAUCUGCCGGAUGCUGAGUUGUUCAUCUUCCGAACGCCAAUAGUCAUGGAGAAGGAAAUGUCACCGUUGGCUCGUAACGGAUCAACUGGUCCAUCAGAAUUGGACAUGGACAUGGAUGAAAAUGACACUGACGGAGCUGAGUCAACUGCCAGUAAGUCCGGUGUAAUGUCGACUUGGCUUGCUGCACAACCGAAAUUAACAGCAAAAAGCAAAUCUGGUUACAUCCUCUUCUCAGCCGAAAUAAGGAAACGCAUUAUGCACGAGAAUCCAGACUCUGGUUUUGGCGAAGUAUCAAAGAUCGUAGGAAUCGAGUGGAAGAAGUUGUCCGAUGACCAAAAGAGGCAAUAUGAAGUCAGAGCAGAAUACAUCGCAAGUGAACGUGCAAAACAAGAAGCGGCGCGAGCUGCGACCGAGAAAUCGCUUCAACCCGGCCAAAUUCGCAUCUAUCAAUGCAAGUGGAUCAAUUGUGACUCACAAUUCGACAGCGAAAAUGGCCUAUAUGAACAUAUAGUCCAACAUCAUACAAGUCAAAUUAUUAUGGAUAGUGACCAGCAAUAUGUAUGCAUGUGGGUUACUUGUGUACGUAACAGAAAAGAAGGCAAGCCUUUCCCAUCACUACCUCGUCUUCAUCGGCACAUGAAGGAAAAGCAUCUCGCUUCGUCGAUGAAAAAUGUUUAUCCGAAUCAGAUAGGAAGGAAUUUCUUCAAGCUUUCAACUCAGCCAAAUACUGGUGGCGAAGCGGCAAGCAGCCUUGUUCACAUCCCAUAUGGGCGAGGUAUCGGACUCCAAACACCCCAAGCAGCGACUGCCUCCCAAACUCCCCACGUCAAUGGACAUGUAAAUGCAAUUCCUCCUCACCUCAAUGGCGAACAUCACUACCCCUCACCAAUACAACAUCAGCAACCUCCUACUGCUCAAAUGACUCCCCAAGUCGCUCAUCAAGCUACGCCUUCGUGUUCACAAGCACCUAUGCCAUCAUCGUCGGUGCAACCACCAAUCACUGAUCCAGGGCGCACGAUCGUCAAAGCACAGGUCGCAGAGCCUGUAUUUGUAGCGCCACCAUCAUCCGUACAUGCGCGGCGAGUCUUACAUUCGGAGACAUAUCUUAGGUAUAUCGAAUCACUUUCGUCGAAUCGUCAGCGCAGUGUCUCCAAAUGGGACGCAUCAUUGAACACAAAUCCGCGCAAUGCGCAGCCAAAUGCAGCCCGACCACCACCGACCCACUGGAUCAGGGAAUCGCGCGGUCGGCCUGUCGCACGCGAGGAUGAUGUGGUACGCGCGCUAUGGCGACUACGCGACGAACUUCUUCAAAGCACUUGUAACUUGUCAGUAGAGAGGGAAUUUGCUGGUGUUUUAUGAGCAGAAUGGAUGGAAUUUUAAUUUAUGUAUGUCCAAUCUGCGCUCUUCAUGUCGUCUGUUACACAAUAACUCGUCUGAUGAUCUUUUAACUGUUUGUCUCCCCACUCGUAUAUCGCACAUUUCCACUAGACAUUAAGCAGAGGCUGUUGUGCCUUGUUUUGAUGGUUCAAUGAUCUCCUCGUAUCCGCGCAGUAUCACUCUUCGCUUGCAAUCGAAAUCGAGAAGCCUUUAACCCUGCGAUCCCACGUCCCGCCCCUGAUUUUCGCGCCCCAUUCACCUCUCUCUCGUAUGUGCGUCCGUGUGUGCGUGUGUCCAUCUGUCCAAAGCAAUCAACUCCACUCCCGACCCGCCCCCUGCUUUUUAUCCACACUCUCGCCCCUCCCACAACCCUUUAAUUAAGCAUAAGAAACGCCCCCACCCGCCCCUUGCGAUGCAAUCCUCAUCAACGUGAACAUCACAUCUUACUAUCUCGCAUACGGUGAAUUUGUAGGUCUCUGACCCUAUGUGUACAUUUGUGAUGAUGUUUGUUAUAUGAUAUGAUAACUGAUUAAUUGAUUGAUACUUUUUUUACUCCAAAUUUGUUUUGUUGAGCCUUCCUUUUUUUUCGUCGUUAAAUAUGUAGUUUGGUGAGGUCGAUGAUGAACAAAGAAAUCGAU